AUGGGCAUCACCGAGAUUCGUCCAGACUUAUGCUUGUCAAUUGUGUUGUGUGCUGACGAGCUGUACUAUCCUGGCAAUCUAAAGGAGACUUAUGAUGUCAUAUUUCAGGACAUAAAAAGCCCUGAUGGGAGGUCCCUUUCUAGCACUGCAGCAUCUUCCACGCUUGGCGACGCAGGAGGUUUGAAGGGCAAGCAUAGCUGGAAGCAAAAGUCCAUUGUUACGCUUGCAUUGACAUUACUAACAAGUUCCCGGGCAAUACUGAUUGUGUGGUCAAAAAGAGCUGGAAAGUAUGAGUAUAGUGUCACAACAGCAAAUUUUUCGGUGGAAGCUCUGAAAUGUCUAUUAUCACUUGUAGCCCUGUACAGAACAUGGAACAGUCAAGGUGUUACAGAAGAUAAUAGGUUAAGUACCUCACUAGAUGAAGUUAGUGUUUAUCCUAUUCCCGCCGCACUUUACAUGGUAAAGAAUCUAUUGCAGUAUUACAUCUUUGCUUAUGUGGAUGCACCAGCUUACCAGAUCCUGAAGAACCUGAAUAUUAUUAGCACUGGUGUCUUAUACCGUAUCAUUCUAAAGAAGAAGUUAAGUGAAAUUCAGUGGGCUGCAUUUAUUCUUCUAUGUGCUGGCUGCACUACUGCUCAGCUUAAUCCCUCAUCAGACCAUGUUCUUCAAACCCCUCUUCAAGGUUGGAUGAUGGCAAUUGCGUUGGAUGAAAAGGCAAGUGGCCUGCAACUAUUCAUCGUGGCAGUGCUUGGUGCUCUCGCCCUGGCAAGGAUGUGA